AUGCUCUGGCGAGGCAUCCCCAUCAUCUACUACGGGACGGAGCAGGGCCUGUCUGGCCACCAAAGCCCGGACCACAAUCUUGGACAGGAUGCUCUCCGUGAGUCACUGUGGCAGACUCGCUACUCGACCGAUCCCUGGCAGUAUCGCUUCCUGGCUCAGCUGAAUGGAGUCCGGAAGAGCUUCGGGCUGUCGGUGGGCGACACGCAGCUCCGGAAUGCCACGAAGAACUCCUUGGUCUUCACAAGGGCCGCAAGCAACGGUGCGGCCUGGGUCUUCCUGAACAACGCGGCCAACGCCACCGCGCGGAGUCCGCAGCUCUACUGCCCGGGCCCGGAUGCAUCGCAAGGCGAGGCUUGGUACGAUGCCCUCUCGGAACUGCCGAUGAGCUCUUACCUUGUGAAGGGCUGCUUCCUGGCGCCGGACAAGUUCCCAAAGGCUCGACGGGACAGGUAA